UUUAUUUUCUUUCGGUUUUCUAAAAGUGUUAUUCUGGAGCCUAAAGUGUAUAUCCUCGAUGAAGCAGCUCCAGAACCAGCUUCAACUGGAGACACAACGGCCAUAACGGUUCUAGAGACAAACAGUGCGUCCAGUGUUGACCGAACAUUCGUACAUGAAAGAAUUAUACUGGAGCCCAAACCCGUUUCGGCCAAUCUGCUUCACUUCGGCCUCGUCAAAUCUGCUUUUGAGCCUGUCACAGAAGCAAAUACGGCGGUCAAGACGAGACCCAUCGAGCCAACGAAUAACAUUGACAAACCUUAUCUAAAUGACGUCGCACUGGAGCCUAAGCCCUUGACGUCGAGCUUCCUCCAAUUCGGAUUAACCGGAUCUGCCCCAGUUUUGACAACGGGUCUUAAAACUAUAGAACCUAUAAAGGCAAGCGUGAUCAAUGACAGCGUUCUGGAGCCAAAAUCCUUAACAACGGGGUUCCUCCAGUUCGGCCUUGAUGAAAACGCUCUAGAAUCCUCUACGAUCAAAACAGCAAAAAUAAAGAGCAACGUGAUCGAGAAAACUUAUGACGUGUUAGAGUCAAAACCGCUGGGUUUUCUACCGUUUAAUCUAGAUGAGAGAGAGAAGAAGUUCGAUGAGGUAGACAAGUCAUCGCUGCUCCAGUUCGGGCUCGAUGAGAGUGCUCUAGAUUCGGUGUGUCCGACGGCCGUCAAGAUAGCCGCUGAGCCGAAGUUGCUGUGCGGCGGGUGGGGGGGGCAGUCGACGUACACGCUCGAUGGGUGCGUGGAAACUGGCCUGCUCCGACCGCCGCCGCAGCCUCACUCUAGCCAGCUUGGGACCGUGUAUGCGACGAAGAGGAGAAGGAGAAAUGGGAAGAGCAUCAAGCCCCCAUCCAAAGACGGCGUCACCAAGAGCAACCCCAGCAAGCGGCAUCGAGAGCGCCUUAACGCAGAACUGGACACCUUGGCUUCCCUACUACCCUUCGAGCAGAACAUCCUCAGCAAGCUCGACAGGCUCUCCAUACUGCGGCUAUCCGUCAGCUACCUUAGGACGAAGAGCUAUUUUCAAGUGGUCAUGCACAAAGACAAGGAGGAUAUCCACGGGCACCGGAGGGAGCACUCGCCGUACGACCACGCCAUGCCCGACGGGGAAAUGUUCCUUCAGGCACUCAACGGGUUCCUGAUGAUCUUAACGUGCGAGGGUGAGGUGUUCUUCGCGACGCACAGCAUCGAGAGUUACUUAGGCUUCCAUCAGUCGGACAUAGUCCACCAAUCAGUAUACGAGCUGGUCCACUCAGAAGACCGGGAAGAGCUCCAGAGGCAGCUGCUUUGGAACUCGUUUCUUCCGCCGGAAGUGAGCAGCCUGACGCUACAGGACGCGCUCAGGCCGGACAGGACGCAUCUACUCGAGAGGAGCUUUACUGUGCGCUUCCGGUGCUUACUGGACAACACUUCGGGCUUUUUGAGGUUAGACAUACGGGGCCGCAUCAAAGUCCUCCACGGGCAAAACAAGAAAACAGAAGAGCCUCCUCUGGCCCUCUUCGCAAUAUGCGCGCCCUUCGGCCCUCCCAGUCUGCUGGAGAUCCCUCAGAAGGAAGUCAUGUUCAAGAGCAAGCACAAGCUUGAUCUGUCUCUAGUCUCUAUGGAUCAAAGGGGUAAAAUGCUAUUAGGAUAUACAGACGCUGAAUUGGCGAAUAUGGGUGGCUACGAUCUAGUUCAUUACGAUGACUUGGCCUAUGUGGCCAGUGCUCACCAAGAAUUAUUAAAAACAGGUGCUUCCGGGAUGAUCGCGUAUCGCUUCCAGACGAAGGACGGGCAGUGGCAGUGGCUGCAGACCUCGUCACGGCUCGUCUACAAGAACUCCAAGCCAGACUUCGUCAUCAGCACGCAUCGGCCGCUGAUGGAGGAAGAAGGCAGAGAUUUGCUUGGCAAAAGAACGAUGGACUUCAAAGUCAGUUACCUAGAUACGGGGCUCACCAGCCUAUACUUCUCCGAGACUGAACAGCUCUCAGGCUGCGAGACCAGUGUGACCACGCCACCAAGAGCAGCCAGACGAUACAAAACACAGCUGAGGGAUUUCUUAUCGACGUGUCGAAAUAAAAGACGAGUUCCAACCACACCAGCGCCUCCUCCAGUAGACUACCUAGCGGCUGAUGCAGUCGCAGCUGCUUAUACGAACCUAAACGGGGCGUACACAGCGCCGUACGGGGAAUACCCGCCAGCCCCAGCAUUACACUACGCCCCGCCGCCCUUGGACGAUCGGUUCCUAACAGCGGACAACCUCUUCCACCAAUACAAGCCUCUGUCUUACCAUUAUACCCCGUACGCGCCUAAUGGUUUCCUAGAGCCAGCGCCGCCGCCUGGAUACGAAGUAGCACCGACGUAUCACAGGCCGCCGUCAAGAGAGUAUGCAUACGUGGAUAGUAGCGGGAGGUAUAUGAGUCCUGUGACGGGGCAGGAAAGGAGGUCACCCAGUGUGGUCCCAGGGCCCAGCCCUGGUGGGUCGAGCGGGUCUACAGAACAGGAGCGAAUGCAGCAGCCCCAGGCCGAGAUGCCCCGGCAGACGGUGCUCAUGUGGGGCGCCGGCGGGGCCGCGCAAGAAGUCCCCGUGGAGUACUCCCCACCACAGGUUUGGCGCUACCACCCCCCCUCGCACUAUCACACCGCUGAGGCAACCCAAUGAAAGCUUUAGCUUUUUUCUUUCGUGCAAUCGAGUAUGCUAAGUUUCUGGUCCACGAGAGUCGAGACUCGUGAUUUUAGCAGUGAUUUUUAAUUUUUAUAUUUUUUUAUCUUUAUACAUAUCGUUUAUUUCUUUUAUACUUGUUGAAUCUAAGCAUUCAAAAGUACUUGUUACCAGAUUUAUUUUCUAAAAUCCUAAUUGAUACCUCGCUCAGUGGUUUGUAGUUAAGCUCAACGGACCUUCAUAGGAUAUAUUGGUCUUGUUAAAACAGGGUCUUUCCACUAUCUCCAUUGUAGAUAAUGUCGAUUUGUAAAUUAUAUUAAUCGAAAAAUUCUAUCCAAAUAUAUUAAAUUGAUAGUCGAUUUGUAGUUAAUCAUGGUUAAUUUUAUCACGCGAUGCAAUGUUACACACAAUAGUAAUUUAGAAUUUGUAAAUAAAUAUUUAUUAUUUGAUAGUUUUGAAGCUUUGGCUUGUGUUGAGGUUUAAGCUUAGUGAGUGUUCGCUUUUUUUAAACUUCAUAGUAAAAAAAUGAGGCAAAGCGACACAUAGUUUGUAUUGAUAUUGGAAAAAAGUAUUACACUGCCAAAAGAUUUCAAAAAUAACUCAAGGAACAAAACAUUAAAUUGAAAACGGUUUCCUUCGCUUAGCUUCAUUUUACCAAAACAAACAAUAAUUAUCUAAAUGGAACAAAACAUAUCGGAGUAAGCAUGUCACAUAGGUUAAAGAUAAUUUAGUAAAAAUAUACACAAUAUAGACGCUCCCAUUUUAUAAUGCAUUCACAUAUUUUUUCUUUUUUAUUUCAUGAAAGUCUCUAAGUAUCAGUUUUCAUUUUGUUUUCUAUUUGAUCAAAUCAAUAUUGUUUAGUUUUUUUUGUUGAAUACCCUGUCUUUUGUUUCUUUCAGUUCAUUUUUUUUUCAGUUCUGACAUCUUUACUCUUGUUUUUUGUUUGUUUUUUUUUUUAUAUUUUGCUUUUUCACUCUUUAUUACUGCAUUAUUGGGAUCGCCUUAAGAAGUCCUGCACAGCCAAGCCAACGUUUAUCAUGCAGCACCAAUGUAAAUACACUUUGCGUGCCUUCACUUCAACUUCUAUCCUUCCAUUAUUGAUUAUACAGGGUGACCCGUCAGUGGUGGAUGAAACUUUUGGAGAUAUUACUGACAAUAUAACUUAAUGUUACCAAAAUUUUACCUACUUAAUUUUGAGAUCAUAAUUU